AUGGUUAACGGCCGCUGCAACAUUGUUCUACUCUUCUCAUCACCACUUGUCAUCCUUUUUAUCAGUCACAUGGCCCCUAAACAUCCUGCAGACCUGGGCAUCUCGGAGCCCGCGGAUGGGCUGUCCUCAACACCCGUCACAGACAAACCUCCUGAGCCGUCCGCUCACUCGUCGCGGAACUCGACGACGGCAGCCUUUGUUACAAGUGAUUUGCCCUCAAUGACGUCUCUCGACAUGACUCUCAACAUGCCCACCGCGAGCGUCAACAUCCGGGGUGCGAGUCGGACUAGCACUAUCCGCACCGCCGGCCCCGUCACCAUUGACCACUUGUGGUACCCACACAUCAUCGAUUCUAUCCUCCAGCACCCGCGCUCUUGGAUUCCUAUGCGUACCACUUCCAAGACCUAUGAUAACCGCGUCACCAACCUCAUGUACCACCACGUUCGCCUAGACUCGAGCCUCGAACACUACGAUUGCGAUUGUCCACAGUUUAGCGGCUGCCCAUUUCGCGCGGCCCAGUUCGAUCACGACCCGGCCAUUCCCAUCAACAUCCUUUCUCUACAAGGAAACAAGCUUCCCCUGCUUCAAGCCCCUUGGGAUCAUCUUCCUCGCCCGGCGGAGGUCCAGACCAAGAAACAGACAGCGGAACAUCAACUGUUUCUGGCCAGAGCUUGGGACCGUCUUCAAGAGACCACUGUUAUCGAUAUUCCGUUCCAGUUCCAUCGCAGCGAUGUGGAGUGGUUCACGAAAAGUCUGAUUAGCCUCCAAACAGUGCGCUAUUAUUGGAGUCAACAUCUCGAGGGGGUUCGCACCGGCGGUGACUUCAGCUUCGCCGUCCCAUUGACCGCCGCGACCGUUGUCAUUGGGCCCGAGCGAUGGACCCGCCCCCAGUCGCCUCGCGGUCUGUUAAGAGAUUUCCCUCGCAGCGUCACCAAAGUGGUCGUCAAUGUCCCAUAUUCGUGCGGCGAUACCAUUUCGGGCCCACUGUUUCAACUCGGACCCAUGACGUUCAUCGUGACGAAUCCCGAGGAGGAACCGCCUUUCAUGAUCCAUACGCUCGUGUACAUCUUCCAUUCAUUUCAACCGCAACGUUGUCCAGCAAUGGACGAUGGCAUCAAGACAUGCGACCGUUCUUGGUGCGACCUCAUCUGGUUGUUGGCCAACGACGGUCUUUUACACUGGAUGGCGACUCAACUUGGUUUCGCAACUCUGAACGACCUCCCGCACUCCCACUUGGUAGAAGCUCUUUUGGAGUCAAAGGGAACUCCACAUGGCCCACCGCUGGUGACUCUCGUCGAUCUGCCUUACUCCAACCGGUACCCCAUACAUUCACAGGAAGGCCACCAGGGAUUCUGCUCUUUGCGCGACCACCUCAUCUUUGAGUUGGGUGUCGCCUGCCGACUGAAGGGCGUGUCCGAAUUGUUCAUCCCUUACGUUUUGGCACGGGUUGAAUUUGUCGACAUGGACACGUAUGCGGCGCAGCUUCCACCCGGUCAAAUUGAGUUGGAGUACAUGCCACUGCAGAAGUAA